UUCUACUUUAUUUGAGUCUGAAUAUCAAUUUCAAGAUAUUAAACACGACUCUUUUGUUUUGAGAGGUCUGGACACCGGCUCGCGUGGGCUCUCCGGCAUGACGUCACAGAGGGACACUCCACUCCACGCGACAAGUGUAGACAAGAUGGCGCUCGCUGAUGUGCCACAGAAGUAACCAGUGCUUGACGAAAAAUCAGAUUAACCAUCAUGCCUUGGGAGGAGCUGGUUUCGCUGCUGGCUGCCGUCACCACGGUGAUGUGAAGAGGGGCAGUGACUGACUGUGAUGGACAGGUGUAAGCACGUGGGUCGCCUAAGACUCGCGCAGGACCACUCGAUCCUAAACCCGCAGAAAUGGCACUGUGUGGACUGCAACACCACAGAGUCAGUGUGGGCAUGUCUCAGCUGUUCACACGUAGCGUGCGGACGCUACAUAGAAGAACACGCGCUUCAGCACUUUAAGGAGCAGCAUCACCCUUUGGCCCUGGAGGUGAAUGAAUUGUAUGUUUACUGCUACUUGUGCGACGACUACGUGCUGAAUGAUAAUGCCACGGGUGAUUUAAAGCUACUGCGUAGCACGCUAAGCGCCAUUAAGAGCCAGUGCUAUGAAGUCACCACGCGCAGCGGGCGCACCUUGCGCUCAUCGUCCGCCGCCGGAGACCCGCUGUCAACCAGCACGCAGGAGCUGCAGUUACGCGACGAGGACCGCAUGUUCACGGCGCUGUGGCACCGGCGCCGCACUCUGAUUGGUCGCGUGUUCCGCUUGUGGUUUGUGCAAACGGACCGGGGGAGGACGCGAUUGGAGGAGGAGCGGCAGCAGGAGGAAGAGGAGGAGAGGAAGCGGGAGGCGCGGGAAAGGCGGCGGCAACUCAAGCGGCAGCUCAAAGAGGAGCUGGAAAGCGCACCUCCGAGGAAGAGCCGUCGGAUUCGUCGGCAGAGCCUAAAGGCAGAUUCUGCGGAUCCCGCGGCAGUGCCGGCCAAUAGAACCAAAUCUGUGAGGCGUAGGUCUGCUCCUGCUCGCGUCCCCACCCGUACUUCACGAACUCCUAGAGAGAGAACGACUCAACAGAGGCAGCGUCCACAAGCCAAGGCCAAACGGCCCCGGGCUCAACCCCCUAAAACAGGGGAUUCGCCUAUCAAACGGCGACCCACCGUAACUCCAGGAGUGACGGGUUUGCGCAAUCUUGGCAAUACUUGCUACAUGAACUCGAUUUUGCAAGUUCUGAGUCAUCUGCAUGUAUUCCGGGAGUGCUUUUUGAGACUGGACCUGAACCAGGCGCUGGAACUGCUAGCCUCUGCCGUCAGCCGCAAGUUAGGGCUCUCGGCUCAGCGCGUGACCCAGCCCAAAGCCUCUACCCAGUGGUCGGGGCUCAGCGGAGGGGCCUCCCGUUCACGAAACAUGGAGCUCAUACAACCCAAGGAGCCCAGCUCCAAACACAUCUCGCUUUGUCACGAGUUACACACACUGUUCCAGGUUAUGUGGUCAGGCAAGUGGGCUCUGGUGUCCCCAUUUGCAAUGCUGCACUCCGUGUGGCAGCUGAUCCCGGCCUUCCGGGGUUAUGGACAGCAGGAUGCACAGGAAUUUCUUUGCGAACUCUUAGAUAAAGUCCAGCAUGAGCUGGAACGGACCAGAACGCUUACACCUGCAACUGUUCCAGCCAAUCAGAGACGGCUUAUCAAACAAGUGCUCAGUGUGGUCAACACCAUCUUUCAUGGCCAGCUCCUCAGUCAGGUGAGGUGUUUAGCGUGUGAUCAUCGCUCAAACACGAUAGAGCCCUUCUGGGAUCUUUCUCUGGAAUUUCCGGAACGUUAUCACAGCAACAGUAAGGAUGCGGCACUGGUUCCAUGUGGGUUGACGGAGAUGCUGGCCAAGUUUACAGAGACUGAGGCUUUGGAGGGAGCCAUAUAUGCUUGCGACCACUGCAACAGCAAACGACGGCGAUUCUGUUCAAAGCAAGUGGUCUUGACUGAAGCUCAAAAACAGUUGAUGGUUCACAAACUGCCUCAUGUUCUCAGACUGCACCUCAAACGCUUCAGGUGGUCCGGGCGAAACCACAGGGAGAAGAUUGGCGUGCACGUUCAGUUUGAGCAGGAGCUGAACAUGGAACCGUACUGCUGCAAAGACUCCAGUAACUUACCCCACCCGCAACACUUCCUCUACCAACUCUCUGCUGUCGUCAUGCACCAUGGGAAGGGAUUCGGCUCCGGCCACUACACUGCCUUUUGUUAUAAUACGGAAGGAGGGUUUUGGGUGCACUGUAACGACUCUAAACUGAGUGUGUGUGCCGUGGAGGAAGUGUGUAAGGCCCAGGCUUACAUUCUCUUCUACACACAGAGAAACUCUCAGGACAAAAGCAAAGCCAGUGACCUCUGACCUCCACUGAGUAGCCAGUCAACCGCAGAGACUGUUUGUUUUGUACAUUCUGUUGAUAUCGUUUUGAGACGGGUUAGCUUGUCUCCUUUUUCUAGUGUACAGCAAAUGUGGAGAGUAUGUUUUUGUCACGCACACUUUUGCCUUAAAGUUAUUCAACUGACAGAUUUUGGUAGGAGGCAUUCAUGCAGUGAUUGUAGCGUUCGUUUGUGUGUACGAAGAGAGCGAGAUUGUCCGAGUCGGAAGCAUCAAUGUCCUCAUUAGUCUCUCUUGUGUUUCCCUGAUUGAUGUCAUCAAACCAAAGUUGAGUUUUGAAUGUGUUCGUAGCGUCAGUAUGAAAGAAAGUGUAAGAAACGAUGUUUUCUCUCUUCAUAUUAAAAGUGUUUUAAUAUCUUCAGACAUAUUUUUAAAGUGCCCUGCCAAGUCAAAUCAGUUUAACUCUUUUCCCUGCCAGCUAAAAAAAAAAAGGAAAGAAAGUCAACACCAGGUUUUUUGAUCAUUUUCACAGAAGUUUCAAGGCCUUAGAAUAUUUUGGUGAAUGUCUGAACAGGCAACAUAUCAAACAGAACGGAGCCUUUUCUUUUUAACAACAAAAAAACCCUUUUUAUUCUAGCUUCAUGCAUUCACACAGUUGAAUGUGGGUACGUUUCAUAAAAAACGGCAACAUUUUGAGCAAAAAGCUGAGAAAACCUUGUUUUUGUCAGACUACGUCAAAAAGGGAUUCAGAACUAUGAUUAAAACAGAUGAAGUGGAUCGAGUCCCUCAAUGCUUCAUUUCGACAUUUCAUUCAGUAAUAUUAGUUUUUAUUUAUAUGCGGUUUAAUGUUGAUGAUCGCGUUAUUUUACAUAUAGAUAUGUUAUCGCUUGUUUCUGUUUCCUAUUCGCCCGUGUUUUGAUGACGAGAAUCUUUCAGAGGAUAUCAUAACCCUUACCGUUUAAAAGACGGGACACACCAAACGCGUCAGCCGUCAGCUUUUUUUUUUUUUUUUUUUAAAUCUAAACUGAACAUUUGUAAACACAAAUAUUUUCAUAUUUACAUGAGCCGACUGGAAAGAAGAAAGUAAUCCGCGUGAAUGAUAUUCAAAUUGGUAAGCAAGCGCUACUUUGUAUAUCUGCAGUUCUAGUUUGGUUGCCCAUUUUGACGACGAUAUAAUAUUAAUACCUGCUGAUUUGUAACGAGAUAUUUACUUACACGCUGGCGCAGAACUCGCGAUAGUCGACUUGAGUCCCUUUGGUGUGUUCAAGCUCAUCUUUUUGGCCAACGACAGUCGGCUUGGUGUGUUCCGGAAAGACGGAGAUGCAAAACGUGCGUUAAUGGCGGGAAAAGAGUUAACUAUGUUGAGACUUUAAACCAAGAGUCGAUUCAGGAAGUUUUCUGUCUCCUUCUCAGAAUGUAGUUUUAUACCUGGUAUUUGGGUAGAUAUUUUUUCCCAUUUUACAGGAAAAUGUAAAAGAUUUUUUUUUUCACCAGCAAAAGACAAUGUAUGCUGUAUACAUUGCCUGUGUGUGGCGUAGAUCGUUUUCUAGUUUGUACAUUUUGUUGGAUGUAUGCGUUUGUGAGACACACACAUACACACUUGCUCAAAUAUCUAACAGUUUCCACAUCUUGUUUGUUCUUUUUUUCAUCAUUUGAGCAAGUAUAGAUGUAAAACUAUGCAAAUUGUUACCUCAAUUCAUAGAGAAAUUUACCUCAAUAAAAGGAGAAUAUUUUUGCAUUUUUCUAAA